AUGGUUCCAGAAUGGAGCUCCUCCUAUAUCAAAUACAAGUCCCUGAAGAAACUGAUAAAGUCAGCUGUCCAAGCUAAGAAGAUGGGCAAUGACCCAGAUUUAGCUGAUUAUACUAAUACAACCCCAGGCUUCUUCUACAGCCUUGAUCGAAAUCUCGAGGAUGUUGAUAGUUUCUACAAUAAGAAGUUUUCUGACUGCUCUCGCCGUCUGAAGCUUCUCGAGGACAGAUUCGGUCACCCGGAGACCUUGCCAUCCCACCUGGACCCGGAAGACACCGAGGACCUGAUGGCUGCUCUACUAGAGCUCCGUGGCCAGCUGCGUAAGUUGCAGUGGUAUGGCGAGGUAAACCGCCGAGGAUUCAUCAAGAUAACCAAGAAAUUGGACAAGAAGCUUCCCGGCGCCAAUGCACAGAUAAAAUAUCUCUCAACCAAAGUUAACCCUGCCCUGUUUGCCACAAACUCCCGUCUUUUACACUCCGUCAACUCCAUUAAUGAGUGGCUCUCUGUCCUGGGCCAUGAAAAGGUCAUGGAUGAUAAUAGCUCUACUCACUCAGCCCUUUCAUUGAAGAAACCUUCAUCCGGAGUAAUCCUUAACCUUCCUACCAGCCUCCUACUGUCUGUGGAUGAUGCUCUUAGACGAGACGAUACCAAUGCUCUUUUAGAUCUGCUUCCAACCCUCAAGACUGCUGCUGAUGGGAUUGGAGAGGCAGUGUUCACCAAAGUCUUAAUAUCCCUGCAGCAACGGUCGAUCUUCUAUCGCUCAAAGGCCUGUCUUGCCGCUCUCCUACAGCGAGUUACUUCCCUCGAGGAAGAAGAUGACAUUAACAAACGAAAUUGCAUCCAUCGCCUGGUCAUAUCGAUUGGCCGGUCGCAAUCAACAGUUGACCCUGAAUCUUCAGCCACAAUGGUAUUGAACUUUCCUACAGAAACAUCAAAUUAUAUCACACCAGCAACUACUCCAACACUGAAGCCUCAGAGGCCAGUUGUAAUGGAAUCAGACCACCCAACCCAUAUUGGGCGCGACAGCCCUGUCGUGAUGUUCUUACAAUAUCUCCUUGACAACCUACUCCCUCACCAGCGCCCCGCGCUUCUCGCAAGAGAUAUAUCAGGAAAGACUCCCUUGCACUUCGCAGCUCAGUACGGAUUUAAAGCCGUCUGUGACGUGAUAAUCGAGCAUCUUCAGGAAUGGGAUAUGUUUGAUGUAUCCGAAGGUAUUGAUGGCCCACUUUGGCAGGACGAGGAUGGCAUGGCACCGCUCCAUCUAAGUGUAGUCGGUGGUCAUCCCCUAACUACCAAGACGCUCCUGGAUUCCGAAAACUGGAAAGGCAGUAAUCAGGAUAAGACGGCAAUUCGAAGAAAUAUUCUAAAAUCCAGCGCCGUACUUGCUCUUGCUACAAAGGCGAACUUUGUUGAUAUAGUCCACCUUUUAGUUGAGGCAGGUGUGAAUAUCAACUAUCAAGAUGAACAAGGUGAAACAGCCCUUCAUUCAGCGGCGCGAUUUGGCCAUGAUCAGUGUGCCGCUGCCCUCCUCAAGGGAUCAGAUGAGCAAAAAGCCAAUGUUGAGCUGGCAGAGAAUACCUACGCUUGGACUCCAUUGUUUAUUGCCUCGGUGGAUGGUAAUAUCAAUAUCGUCAAACUCCUCAUUGAAGCAGGGGCAAACCUAGAGGCCACUGACUCCUCUGGAUGGACUGCAAAGGAGCAUGCGACACUCAGAGGCCAUAUCGAUAUCGCCCGUCUUUUGGAUGAAGCCAUGGCUACUUCGGACGGCAGCGUUGAGUCCGAUACCGCGUCGCAGUCUGCGGUAUCCUCAUCUCCACCAUCUCAGUGUUCAUUGAAUGAUCGAAACUCGAAAGACCGCGCGCCGGAUGCGGUAAAAUCCUUUGGCCAUCGCUACUUGACAGACAAAAGCAUGAUUCUUGUAAGCCUGGGAACAAUGGAUAUGAGAAAGACAGCAGAUCCCGUUAGCCUUGAACGGAUCCCCAUGGCAGAGGCCCAUCUGACACAGCUCGAUACUGCGCUUUCAAUCGUUGUCUCUGCAAGUGGCGCGCAUGGUGAACCUCAGAUAAUUGAUCUGCCUGUCCAAGACAACAUCUCAACAGAGCCAAUAGUCUUCCAUACGGCAGACUCCAGCAAAACCAAAAUUGUCUUCGACUUGGUACCUACAUAUGCAGGCUCUAAAGAUGAAGUGUUCGGCCGCGGCGUAGCUUUGUUAUCUAGUUUCAAGCCAACCGUCGGGUCAAGCCGAUCCAACCUACAGGGAGACUUUGUGGUUCCACUCAUAGCCGCGAAGACCCUUGAGAUUAUUGGCUCCGUGACCUUCAAUUUCCUCGUUAUUACACCCUUCAGUCAUCCCAAAAUGUCCAUUACAGAAGAACAGACAUAUUGGAAGAGUGUUACAUCACCUAUGGUCAUCGGUCAUCGAGGUCUCGGAAAAAAUAUUGCCGGGCGCCAUUCUUUGCAAUUGGGAGAAAAUACUGUCCAGGUUUGUCUCAAUCUGCUGCAAAUAUUUGACUUUCCUAACAGCCGUCCCAGUCUUUUAUCGCGGCUGCAAACUUGGGCGCUUCAUAUGUUGAGUGAGACAGGAAUUGAUGCACCUGUUCAUACCCUUACAUUGGAGCAGUUCCUUCACAUCAGCGAUGGUCGGAAACCAGCCGGAAAGCAGUCAUCCAACCAUAGCGGAACGCCAAACUCAGAAGAUGGAUUUCCACGUCUGUUGCAGACGCGACCACGAUCCAUGUCAGUUGGUGAAGAACUCGAUGUUCCGAACCUCAGUGAAAGAAUGAAGCAUACCAGAGACUUCAAAAAGAAGGGAUUUAAAGGAAACUCACGUGGCGAUCAUAUACAGGCUCCUUUUGCAACUCUUGAGGAACUUUUCAAAGAGCUACCAAAAUCUGCUGGGUUCAACAUGGAAUUGAAAUAUCCUAUGCUUCAUGAAAGUGAAGAAGAAGAAAUGGACACUUAUGCCGUGGAACUAAACUCCUUCGUUGACAACGUUCUGCGUAUAGUCUAUGACCAUGGUGAAGGAAGAAACAUGAUCUUCUCGUCUUUCAACCCAGACAUUUGUCUCCUUCUUUCUUUCAAACAACCUUCCAUUCCCGUUCUGUUCCUUACAGACUCCGGAGUGAGCCCUGUUGCCGAUAUCAGAGCCAGCAGUCUCCAGGAGGCUAUUAGAUUUGCCUCUAGGUGGAAUCUGCUAGGAAUUGUUACCAAUGCGGAGCCAUUGGUGCUAAGCCCCAGACUUGUCAAAGUUGUAAAGGAGUCAGGCCUGGUAUGCGUUUCUUACGGGACCAUAAACAAUGAUCCAGCCAAUGUCAAGAUCCAAGUUAAUGAAGGCAUCGACGCUGUUAUUGUUGAUAGUGUCCUCGCCAUUCGACAGGGAUUGACUGGCGUGGAAGCAUAG